AUGAUGCUUCGUUCUUUGCUUUCGGUCAGAAAACCCAUCCAGCAACAACCUAUGCUGAGAAACACAGUGAGAAUGAUUAGAACUUUCAAACAAGAAGAACAACCAAGACUCAGAAUCAACUCAUUGGCCCCUAACUUUACGGCACAAUCCACCCAGGGAAAAUUGAACCUACAUGAGUACUUAGGCAACUCCUGGGGUGUUUUGUUCUCACACCCUGCAGACUUCACACCUGUUUGUACCACCGAAUUGGGAGCGUUUGCACAAUUGAAGCCGGAAUUCGACCAACGCAACGUGAAGCUGAUUGGUCUUUCUGCUGAGGAGGUCGACAAGCAUCAGUCGUGGAUCAAAGACAUCGAAGAGAUCAGCGGUCUUGACAAGUUUGCGUUCCCCAUCAUUGGCGACGCCAGUCGCGAAGUGGCCUUCUUGUACGACAUGGUGGAUGAAGAGGGCUUCAAGAAUCUGAACAAAGGCGUUGUGGCUACCAUCAGAUCCGUGUACGUCAUUGACCCUUCGAAGAAAGUGCGUUUGAUCAUCACUUACCCAGCUUCUGUCGGUAGAAACUCCGGGGAGGUGCUCAGAGUGAUUGACGCUCUGCAAAAGGGCGAUUCCAAGGGCGUUGUGACUCCUAUCAACUGGCAACCUGGCGAGGAUGUAAUCAUCCCACCAACCGUCAGCGACUCCGCUGCAAAGGAGAAAUUCGGCGAUUUCAAAACUGUCAAGCCAUACUUGCGUUACACUAAGGCUUGA